AUUAAAAACUCAGACUCUAGCGAAGUUACUGAAUGGCGCCGCUGUGUUCAUUUAGCGGUCGCCAUUGUAAGGCUCUGUAGGCGACAGUGUGAAACGUGUUCUGUCGGCAUAUAAUCGGCUGUAAGAAGGAUUUUAGCGCGUUUGUCCGCGCUGAAAUUCUGCUGUGAUCACGUACAGGUUUAGACUACUGAUAAGUUUAUUACAAGUGGUCCUCACGGACGACUAGAACGGCAGUCUUGCUUGCUAGCUAACGGUCAGCCUGAAUUUAAAUACGGAGCGUCGCCCGGACAACCGUGAUGAUUGACAGGGCUAGUUGCGAGCGGAGAGUUUAAUUUCGUAAACUUUUUUUUUAAUCUGUGCGCGAGCACGGUCAGGUGACCUGGACAUAGCCAACGAGGGAAAGGCAGCCUCCGUCAAACUUCCUGGAAGUGCGUUUUAACUCAAUUUAGCUGCUUGCUUGCCUGGUUGGCCGUCAGCUCGUCCGUCGGGCCAUACGCACGGUUUGACUGACAGCGGCGUUCCGUCACACUUCUCCGUGGGAAACCUGGAUCCGGCCGGCGUCAGGAUCGAAGAAGAUAGAAAAAUAAUAGACCCCGGACCUCGUUGAAGGUUUUCCCUGUAAGGUCUCCAGUACGGACGGCGUUUUGUGUGACUGAGAGGAUAGUCCAGACUGGGAGAGAUGUCGCAGGGAGACGGGAAGCCGACUCCGGGCCUGGACGGCAAGCCAGAGUCCAUAGCAUCCGCUCCGGGCACUCAGGGAGUCUCUGUGUCUCCUCCCGUCUCUGCUGUGGCCUCUGGGCCUCCCGCUGCUGCGACUGAGGAUGAGGAAGAGGAGAGUGAAGACGAGUCUGAGAUCCUGGAGGAGAGCCCGUGCGGCCGCUGGCAGAAACGCAGAGAGGAGGUGCACCAGCGCAACGUGCCUGGGAUCGACAAUGCCUACCUGGCCAUGGACACGGAGGAGGGCGUGGAGGUGGUGUGGAAUGAGGUCAUGUUCUCUGAGAGGAAGAACUUCAAACUGCAGGAGGAGAAGGUCAAAGCGGUGUUUGACAACCUUAUCCAGCUGGAGCAUCUUAAUAUAGUGAAGUUUCAUAAAUACUGGGCAGACACAAAGGAGAACAGGGCUCGGGUGAUUUUCAUCACAGAAUACAUGUCUUCCGGAAGCUUGAAGCAGUUUCUCAAGAAGACUAAGAAAAACCACAAAACGAUGAAUGAAAAGGCCUGGAAGCGAUGGUGCACUCAGAUCCUGUCUGCUCUCAGUUACCUCCACUCAUGUGACCCACCGAUCAUACACGGUAACCUUACCUGUGACACCAUCUUCAUCCAACACAACGGGCUGAUCAAGAUCGGAUCAGUGGCACCAGACACAAUCAACAAUCAUGUGAAAACCUGCCGCGAAGAGCAGAAAAACUUGCACUUUUUUGCACCUGAAUAUGGAGCUGUAGCUGAUGUGACUACAGCAGUUGAUAUUUAUUCCUUUGGAAUGUGCGCGUUAGAGAUGGCUGUGCUUGAGAUCCAGAGCAAUGGAGAGUCAUCUUAUGUAUCACAAGAAGCUAUUAAUAGUGCUAUUCAGUCCCUGGAGGACCCUUUGCAACGGGAGUUCAUUCAGAAGUGUUUAGAAGCAGACCCUCUGAAAAGGCCCACAGCCAAGGAUCUGCUGUUCCACCAGGCCCUCUUUGAGGUGCCCCAGCUGAAGCUGCUGGCCGCCCACUGCAUCGUCAGUCACCAACAUAUGAUCCCUGAAAAUGCUUUGGAGGAGAUUACCAAGAACAUGGACCCGAACCAGGUCAUAGUUGAGUGCAAGGAGGGGGUGCAGCUGAAGCUUUCACAGUUUCCUGCUCUAGAGCUGGAUAAGUUCUUAGAAGAUGUGAGAAAUGGCAUCUACCCCCUUACGGCUUUUGGGGUGCCCUGCUCUCAGCAGCCUCAGCAGGAAGCCGUAAAGUCUCCCAUCAUACCCCCCUCGGUCAAGACCCCCACCCCAGAGCCUGCAGAGCUAGAGACCAGGAAGGUACUUCAAAUGCAGUGCAAUAUUGAAACAGUUGAGGAAGGAGCCAAGCAUCACCUUACAUUAUUACUGAAACUGGAGGACAAGUUGAAUAGACACCUCAGCUGUGAUUUAUUACCAAAUGAGAAUGUUCAGGAGCUGGCGGUGGAACUAGUUCAGCUGGGAUUCAUCAGUGAGGGUGAUCAGAUGAAACUGGCCUCGGUUAUGGAGGAAGCUUUCAACAAGUUCUAUAACCGCAACGGUUGCCUGAACCCGGUCACUGUGUCGUCGUAGUGGAGCCACGCAGGAUUGACCUGCCUGGCAACCGGACCCUCUGUAUUCUGCCCCCACGGCAGCAGUAUUGGACCCUUGUAGAGGGUGAUGGGACACUGUAGCAUUGACAGCACUGGUGGAUGGUGGGGAGUGGCCCAUGUAGAUCACAGCUUUUGUUGUACGAAAGCCCAGCACUAUUCAGAUCAGUAUUAUCAGCCGUUUGCAAACGUUUUUGCCCUCCUGCGUGAUGGUUCGCUGGCUGUAAUUUGUGGAGUCGCCUCCGAGUCUCCAAGCGAGGAUCUCGCAGCCCUCAGACUGCAGUGUGUGAGCAGACCAGCUCCCAAGCUUACGUUCUUUCAGUUUACAGUGAGGUUUUCAUCUUUGAGCAUUGUGGAGUUUUUUCUUUUUCUUUUUUUUUCUUUGAGUGAAUGAAUGAACAAAGGUUUACCAGGGUUCAGCUGUGUGCUCCAUGAUGCUGAGCCAAGAUUGUGAAAGCAAGAGGAGCACAGGCAGACUGCAGAAGAUCUUGGUGUGUUCCGGUCUGUCUGUUGCACAUGGAAUCCCCUGACUAUAGAUGGGAUAGCUCGGCAGGUGGGAUAAUUCUUGUGAAUGUAUGCUUCCAGUUGCUGAGUAACUAGCUGUGUAUAUGGCAGUUUCCGGGGGGUGGGCCAAGGGCACUUGACUCUUCUCUCGUCUUGACAUUUUGGCACAGUAUACAAGAAAUUGUGUGUUGGUUCUAUGGUCUGUUUUAUCAAUUUGGCCAUUGGUCUGAUUUUUGUCUAUGUUCUUUAUGGGACUGCAUUUUAAACGGAUUUAUAGAACAUUUGCAGUUUGGUAUUGCAGAAACACUUUGGUGCAUUAAAAAUAAACCUUACCAUUUCGCCAAA